UAUGAAAGCUUCCUUAAUAAUAAUGCCAAACAGUGUCUCUGAAUUUGUUGCAAAAGCUGUAUUAUAUGAUUUAUUUUGAUUUUCUAUAGGUGUACUUAUGUUUGAAAUGAUGGCUGGACGAUCACCUUUUGAAAUAGUUGGUUCAGCUGAAAAUCCUGAUUUAAAUACAGAAGAUCGUCUAUUUCAAGUUAUACUUGAACAACCAAUACGUAUUCCACGUUCAUUAACUGUUAAAGCUAAAAAUGUUUUAGAAGGUUUUCUUAACAAAGAUCCACGAUAUCGUUUAGGUUGUCGUUAUGAUCCAAUGUUAGGUUGUCAAGCUGGUUUUCAAGAUAUAUGUUUACAUCCAUUUUUUUAUCCCGCUAUUGAUUGGCAACGUUUAGAAUCAAGACAAAUUGUUCCACCAUAUAAACCAAUAUUAACAGAAGAUAAAGAUCUUUCACAUUUUGAUCCACAAUUUACGAAUGAAGAUGUUGUUUUAACACCUGAGGAUGAUGAAGUUUUAGCACGUAUUCAACAAUCAGAAUUUGAAGGUUUUGAAUAUGUUAAUCCUUUAAUUAUGACUGUAGAAGGCAAUGUUUAA